AUGGGGCUGUUGUUGUUGCAGCGCGUGGCGCCAGCACCGUUCGCCCCGCUCCAGCGCCAGUUGCGCCUCGGUGACCACACAGCGGCGCUCCCGCCGGACGGUGCCAGCGCUCCGGAGGCGGCAGUUGAGCUGAUGCUGCAAGCUGCCGAGCAGCACGGUAUCGCGCACAUCGGGAGGCCGCAGGCGGAAGUGGCUGCCUCACAGGAGUUGAUGACGGCGUUCUACAGUGGCACACGGCAUCCGCUGACACAGCGGCAGCACGAGGCGGCGGGCGCGCAGCACCGCCAUGCGGAGUCGGAGGCAGCACGACAGCUGCUGAAACACGAAGAAUUCCUCCACAACGCUGUCCUUAAGCCACUCCUUGUGUGCAUACCCCCUAUGCGUUGCGAAACUGACAGCAAUGCUGGCACCGAAGCCUCAGCACGCACAAUGGAAGAGUUGCGUUGGUCCCACUUUAUGGUGCGUUCCCGUGCGCUGAACUUGCAUCCGUGGUGUCCACAGCAGCCGCAGAUGGCUGUGGUGCCGUUCCUUGACAUGCUGAACCAUACCGCUCGCAACCCUAACGUGACGUACCAGUAUCGCCCCGGUGAGGGCGUCAUCGUUGUCGCAUCGCGCCCAAUUAAGGGAGCGGAGGAGUUGGCACUCAACUAUGGAGACUAUCGGCAGCGUGGAUGUCUUUUCUCUAGUGCCGCGGAGCAAGCCACCACUUCUGAGAGCAUAGCUUCUACAAUGCGUCGUAUCGAAUUGCGUCAAGCGCGGGAGUGGGACACUGCCGCUCAUGCCGACAGUGGGGAUGAGGAGGAUAAUAUCGAGGAGGCCCCAUUCGGCCACGGCCUGCAGCAGCAGAAACAAGAAAACGAACAACAACACUCGUAUAAGGAGCAUCAAGCACCCUCGGAAGGCGGCCGCGGCGAGGGCAACGAAAACGAGGCGCGGACUGAGGCGGUGUGGACGUGGCGCUUCGGCUUCCCGCGCAGCGACGACGAGAAGGCGUAUGUCGCGUCGCGGUUGUGGAGCAAAGGGCUGAAGCGCCGCAUCGCUCAGUUGACGGAUGUGCGGCGGAGGGGGCGGCCCGGCGAGUUCGUGAUCGGCGUGCCAGAGGGGCUUCGACACCUGCGCGAGCAGCGAGAACGGCUGGAGCGGGAGCGCUUCGCUGGUGCAACCGUGUUUCCCCCACAGAACGUUUGA